AUGGCUCCCGCCGACAGGAUCUCACUCGAGUUCAUCACCACCGGCAACGUCUGGAUGCACACCCAAAUGCAAGGGCAACCCAUAGAAAACCGCAACAUCGCCCUCCGCUUCCUCCGCUCCUUCACCGGCGACUGGAUCGGCCCCAUGCCCCUCGGCGCAUUCCUCAUUCAUCACCCAAAGGGCCCCAUCCUCUUCGACACGGGCGUCUCGACGCACUGUACCGAACCGGGCUACUUCCCCUGCUGGAACCCCGUGCCGGGCAUCCUCAACAAGCUGCAGGUUACAAAGGAGGAUGGCAUCGUCACGCAACUCCGGAAACGCGGCAUCGAGCCGACGGAUCUCCAGUUCAUCAUCAUCAGCCACCUCCACCACGACCAUGCUGGCGGACUAGAGAUUCUUGCUGUUGAGGCGCCCGAGGUGCCUAUUUAUGUCGGCGGAGAACACUGGGAUGCGUUUGGGAAGCAUCCUGUCUAUGCUGCUAUGCAAGGGUGCACGCCGGACCGGUGGCCCAAGGACUUUGAGCCGUGGAUUCUCGACUUUGAGGAGAAACGCACCGUGGGGCCGUGGGGCCGGUCGUGUGAGCUCGCGCCGGGCGGGACGAUCGUUGCGGUCGAUACGCCGGGCCACGUGCCGGGGCACAUCUCGUUGAUCGUGGUGGGAGAUAAUGACGAUGGGAGCAAGACGAAGUACUUGCUGACGGGGGAUGCGACGUAUGCAAUUAGUGUGCUGGACAAGGAGGAGCCGGAUGGUGCGAAUAGUGAUCCCGUGGCGGCUUUUGAGAGUUUGAAGAAGAUCAAGGCGUAUGCUAGGGAUCACGAUGUCGUAGUGCUGCCGAGUCACGAUCCGGAUACGCCGAGGUUGCUUAGGGAUAAGGUGGUCUACCGGCCGGGCAAGUAG